AUGAACAAGCUAGGAUUCGGCACCCACUGUAAAAUCCGACAUUGUUUUGAAUGUCUAGGUACCACAGAAUUUUAUUGCAAGAUGUGUGAAAAUGAUCUGUGUGAACAGUGUAAAGAGAGACAUAUUUCUGAUUUAGAAACCCUCAACCAUGACGUUGUUAUUUACCGUGAGAAAUAUAAAUACAUUCCAAGACGAGAGACCUGUGUUAAACAUCCAAACAUAAUCUAUAAAUUGUACUGUCAAUCGUGUGAACUCCCUGUCUGUUUCCGAUGUUCAAAACACAGAAAACACCAAACAGUUGAUAUAAGAGCAGAAUAUAAAACAAAGCGUCAGCAACACAGAAAAUUUAUUCACAUCAGAAGUGAGACUCUUUAUAACAACUCUUUUCUCCUAGCGGGAAUCUACGAUAAUCUAAAGGACUGUCACACAGAAUUCUCCAACUUUCAAUCAGAGAUGUCAGCAAAAGCCCGGAUACUUAAGAACCUUAUAAACACUAUGAUAUGUGAUGUUUUACAUUAUAUGACUCAUAGAUUACCAAAACAGAAGAGAAAUAUGAACAGACUCCUUGUCAGUAUAGAGAAAUUUGAACACGGAUUUGAAAAGUCCGCAAACAGACCUGUUAAAUUCCUUUUAUUUUUAACAAAAAACAAAGUACACGAGAUAAACAAAACUCCCAAGCUUACACAACACGCCCAAAUCUCGCUGACCGAGGAAAAAAUCAGGCUGGAUGAUGUCAAUAAGUUACUGAUCGAAAUCCAAGUCAUAGAGACAGGAAAAAGACAAGUAAGAAAUGAAUGUCUGCUUAAAUUAAUGUCUUCACCCGUGUUACACAGGUCUGUCACAGUGACAGAUGUACAUGAAGUAAGACACAUUUCCCCUCUGACAUCAGACCUUGUCUGGAUCAGUGAAGAUUGCAACCUCAUCUUAACAAAUAUAGGAGGAGACACACUACAUCGACUGAGAGAUAUAUGGCCGAAUAGUUAUGGAGCACACACAGUGAACAAAACAGGUGAUCUUAUUUAUAUAGACAGGGAUUAUAACAUUAAGAAGCUAUCGAAAGAUAGCAAAACCAAGACCUCACUAAUAGAGAAACCAGAAUCAUGGAGACCAGAAAGUGUCUACUUCUCACCCUCAAAUGGAGACUUACUAGUGGGGAUGUGGAGUACGGAUUCAGCCAAGGUUACACGGUAUAGUGACACUGGACAACAAAUAAAGACAAUACAACUCAACAACAAAGGCCAGAAACUUUACACUAUCCCUAGAUACAUAACGGAGAACCGUAAUGGAGAUGUUAUUGUGUCUGACUUUUUAGAUUUUGGUCGUGGUGCUGUAGUGGUGACAGAGCGUGGAGGGCAACAUCGCUUUUCAUAUACAGGACCUCCUUCAGGAGUUGAUAUAUGGCCACGUGGAGUCUGUACAGACGCGUUGUCACACAUCCUGGUGGGUGAUUUGGUCACCGGUACAGUGCAGAUGAUUGACAAGGACGGGCAAUUCUUGUGUCUUUUAGCUACAGAACAAGGGUCGGACACACCAUGGGGACUGAGUUAUGAUGAUAAAACCCACCUUCUCUGGGUUGAAUCAUACAACAACAUAGUUUGUGUAUAUAGAUAUAUAGAGAGGCAGGACUAUCGAACAAGGAAUUGUAAUUAG